CGCUAGGGUUUUGGAGACCCACCGCACUUCUCGCCCAUCGAUUUGGGGGCAUUGGAGCUGGAGCCCUGGCAGGAAUUCCUCGCAUUUUCGAUCCAAGGGAAGGAUUUUCUAGAACAGGACCGAGACCUCUUUCAUGUUGAUCCCGCGGCGCGCGGGCGAGGAGCAGUGGCACAGGUUUGAGGAGCUCAUGUUUAGAAUGUGCCUCCCGGGCAGUAGGAAAGACAAGAAAGGCAGCCAAGGAGGAGAAGCAGCGCUGAAAGGCAGUGACAGGAAAUCAUCGAGGAGGGAGUCGGCGGCCCGGGACAGCAGCCUAGGCAGCACCACCGACGGCGGCUUCACCACUUUCACCACCACCGCGUCCAAGGAGUCCAGGACCAACAAUUCCAGGGAAUCCAGGGACUCGAGGGUCUCGUCCAGCAGCAGUGCGAGCUCUCUCGCCGGGAUCAGGGACCUCCUCCCAGACGGGCCUAUACGCUACCGAUACAAGGACCUGGUCCGUGCCACGGACAACUUCAGCGAGGCCAGCAAGAUCGGCGGCUCCGUGUUCCGCGCUCUCGUCCGGGGCGCCGACGUCGCGAUCGUCCAGAAGAAAGGGAGCUUCGUCGGGAACUACAUCGAGCUCCUCAAGAUCAUCACCAGCGUCCACCACGUCAACCUGGUGAAGGUGCUGGGGGCGUGCUUGCGCGAGAGCGAGCACGUCUACGUUUGCUACGAGUACGAGGAGGGGGUGAAUCUCCGGGAGGCGCUGCACAGCCCCAGGGCCGAGGGCUUCUCCGCGCUGGCGAGCUGGACGUCGCGGCUCCAGGUCGCGCUGGACGUGGCGCUGGGCCUCGAGUACCUCCACGACCACACCAUGCCGCCUUUCGUGCACAAGCACGUCAAGAGCACCAACAUUAUCGUCACCAACGAGCUCCGAGCGAAGAUCGUCAAGUUUGGCAUCCCGCAGCUGGUUGGAGAGAUCCCGUCGCCUCUCCCCGCGAGCGCCACGACCAAGGAGAACGCCGAGAUCAAGUUAGAGGAACACGAGAGGCUACCGAGGCGGAAGCUCGUCCGGCAGAACAGCAUCAAGAUCACAGGCACUCCCGGCUACAUGUCCCCCGAGUACCAGACGAGCGGGGUGGUGAGCAGCAAGAUGGACGUGUUUGCGUUUGGGGUGGUGCUGCUGGAGCUCCUCACCGGCAAGCAACCGGGCGUUCAGCUGGAUCCCGCGACCAAGAAGCACAAGGUGGUUUCCCUCACGGACGAGGUGACGGAGAUCAUGGAGGAGCGUGAUCCCCGGAAGAAGCUCCGCCUGUGGAUCGACGCCAGGCUCCGGGACUCGUAUCCGGUGGACACGGCGAUGAGCGUCACUGCUCUCGCCAGGCUUUGCAUCGACUCCAACCCGGAGUCGCGGCCUCCCAUGAAGAACGUUACCGCGAAGCUGUCCAACUAUUUGAUCAAGUCCCAGGAAUGGGAGAGGGAUUUCCUGGCGUUUCGGGAGCAACAGAGUCAAACAAUGGAAGGAAGAUAGCGAAACAAGAAUUUUGUUGUCUUUCUCAUUUUUUGGUUCUUCCCAAAAGAACCAAGUUCGCUGCUGUAUAUUUUACA